AUGAUCAAACCGAAGUUGUACGACUUCAGUCUAAACAAAUAUGUACACCCAAAUUUUCUAUUACUCGAAGAGAUGAGUGGUUUGGAUGAGAGGGAAGGGAAAGACAACGAGGCGUUCAUUUCGGGGGAAAAUGAGAUAAUUCUCGAAGUAAUGGAAAACACUUUCAGUAAUGAAGAAAAAGGGGUUUUUAUGGACAAAAUGAGCGUUCGUUGGAAUAAUUACUAUAAGUUUUCCGAAACAUAA